AUGAACACCUUCAGUGUUUUCCUCGAGCGGGCCGACUGUCAAGAGGUAAGAGACGCGUGCUCGCUGUGCCUAAGCGUGGAGCACGCGGCCCGCCUCGCGCAGUACGCGCGCGCGCCGCUGCCGCCGCAGCGCUGCGCCGCCGUCUCGCUGCUCGCCGACCUGCUGCACUACCGGUGCAACGGCAACGCGGUGGUGACGGAGACGAUCCUGGCGACGCUGAGCACCGGCUGGACGGACGAGCACCCGCGCGUGCGCGCCGCCUGCCUGCGCGGCGCCGCCAACGUGGCGCGGCUGGCGCCCGCCGCCAGGGACGCCGCGCUGCCCGCCGCGCUGCAGGCGCUCAGCCAGGGCGUCGACGGCGAGACGGCCGCUUCGCCGAUGGAGAACGUGCCCCUGGCUGCGAUCCAGGGCCUGAGCCGCCUGCUGGCCGAGUGGGAGGGCCUGGGGCGCGGCUUCGAGCGCGAGCUGCUCUCCAUCGCGCAGAAGGUGCGGCCCUUCAUGAACACGCAGUGCGCGCACCUGCGCGAGGGCUCGCUGCGGCUGCUGGGGCUGGUGGCGGGGCGCGUGCGCUGCGAGGCGCUGGUGGCGCAGGCCGUCUCCUCGCUGCCCUGCUUCCUGCUGCACCUCUGCGACCCCAGCCCCGCCGUAGUGAGGGCGAGCAAGUUCACGCUGCGCGAGGUGUUCAAGGCGCUGGAGGCGCCGCGGGCGUGCGCCUUCGUGCAGAAGCACCUCGUGGACGAGGGCCGGCUGCUGCUGGAGGAGUUCGUGGCGGCGCUGCUGCGGCUGCUGGCGGAGGAGCGGCCCUCGGCGGUGGCGGCCUGCCUGCCGCCCGCCGCCAACUACCUGCACGCGCACAGGGCCCACAUGCCGGACGCCGCGCUCGCGCCGCUGCUGCUCGGCAUGCUGUACGCCGAGCUGCACCGGCUGCGGCUGCAGGGCUCCGAGCACGGCGAGUUGGACGAGGAGGUGGCGAGUGGCGCCAGGGCGAGGCUGCUCCAGCUGCUCAAGGAGCCCGCGCCCGCCGUGCGCCAGGCGGCCGCCUUCGCGCUUGCGCACCUCUGCCUCGUCUGCGCCGAUGUAGGGGCGCCCCCAGUCGCCUCCAACGCCCUCGCGACCGCCAACGCCCCCACAACCGCCAACGCCCCCACAACCGCCAACGCCCCCUCGACCGCCAACGCCCCCCCGACUGCUAAUGGCAUCACGCCCGUCAAUGACAUCGCUCGCGACGACGCCCCCGCGCCCGCUAAUGGCAUCGCCCCCAGUGACGCCGAUGCCCCCAAUUCCGCCAACACUUCUGCCCCCGCGGAUGACAUCGCCACGGGUCCCCUCGAAACAGAGACGUUU